AUGGUGCGGAGCCCAAAUUCAUGACAACCUCUGCAUUCAUUUAAACGUCUUGAUUCUCUCUUUUUCUCUUGAUAUCUGGAGGCGAUCCUUUCUUCACCUGACAAGAACAUCCAGCGCUCAUGCAGCGCUUUCCUGCAGCUGAGCUGCCUUUGCGCACCUGUUUUUCUGCGUCCAGUCAGUUCACGCUCUUUUUUCCGUUGCCUGACAAUUACGCGCAUGCAUCCUCCGGGUUUUUCAGCGUUGUAAUGCCUGGCCCGGGCUCGAGACAUGCCUAAGCGACGAGAUGGGCCAGGGCGACGAGAAAGACCGUGUUGUGAUUAACGUGGGAGGGAUUCGACACCAGACCUACCGCAGCACCUUGCGCACUCUCCCCGGCACUCGUUUAGCCUGGCUCGCCGAGCCCGAUGCCCACAGUCACUUCGACUAUGACGCCCAGAUCGACGAGUUCUUCUUUGAUCGCCACCCUGGAGUUUUCGCACACAUUCUCAAUUAUUACAGGACUGGCAAGUUGCAUUGCCCCGCCGAUGUCUGUGGCCCUCUUUAUGAAGAAGAGCUGGCCUUCUGGGGGAUCGACGAGACAGACGUGGAACCCUGCUGCUGGAUGACGUACCGGCAGCACCGGGAGGCCGAGGAGGCUCUGGACAGUUUCGGUGGAGGGCCGGCUGAAAUGGGCAACGAUGAGAUGGACACGGAAGGUCUGGCUGAUCCAGGGGACGGAGACGAGGAACUCGAGAUGACUAAACGCCUGGCCCUCGGCGACUCACCUGACGCAAAAGGUGCAGGGUUGUGGCAACGCUGGCAGCGUCGUGUUUGGGCGCUCUUUGAAGAUCCGUAUUCCUCUAAAUAUGCAAGGUGGGUAGCAUUUGCAUCUUUGUUCUUCAUUUUGGUGUCCAUUACCACGUUCUGUUUGGAGACUCAUGAGGCCUUCAAUCCCAUCAUCAACCGCACAGAGACUUACAUGGUGGGCAAUGAAACACGGGAGCGUGUCUUUCCUGAGACGGAGACUAUGGUGCAGUUAACCUAUGUUGAGGGUGUUUGCGUUGUGUGGUUCACUUUUGAGUUUCUAAUCCGAGUGACUACCUGUCCAAACAAAUUAAAAUUUGUGAGAAAUGCCCUCAACAUCAUUGACUUCGUGGCCAUCCUCCCCUUCUACCUGGAGGUAGGGCUGAGCGGACUCUCCUCCAAAGCAGCAAAAGACGUAUUGGGUUUCCUUCGUGUGGUGCGAUUCGUUCGAAUUCUCCGUAUUUUCAAGCUGACGCGACACUUUGUGGGUUUGCGGGUACUAGGGCACACACUUCGUGCCAGUACCAAUGAAUUUAUCCUCCUCAUUAUUUUCCUUGCACUCGGAGUCUUAAUCUUUGCCACUAUGAUCUACUAUGCUGAACGUUUUGGAAGAAACCUCAACGAUCCUGACGCCAGUAGUGACACACACUUUAAGAACAUCCCCAUUGGCUUCUGGUGGGCUGUGGUAACAAUGACAACCCUUGGUUAUGGCGAUAUGUACCCUCAGACGACAUCUGGCAUGCUGGUGGGCGCACUGUGUGCUCUGGCAGGUGUAUUGACGAUUGCCAUGCCUGUACCUGUAAUCGUGAACAACUUCGGCAUGUACUACUCCCUAGCCAUGGCGAAACAAAAACUACCAAAGAAAAAGAACAAGCAUAUCCCACGAGCACCUCAACUGGGAUCUCCAAACUACUGCAAGUCAGUGAUUAACUCCCCGCGACCCAGCACGCACAGUGACACAUGCCCCCUGGCACAGGAAGAGGUUUCCGAGAUCAGAUAUCAAGAUUUUAAAGUGAAUGGGGAGGCAUCCAAAGCCGCCCUGGCCAAUGAGGACUGUCCUCACAUCGACCAGGCGGUGUCGCCCGAGGAAGUGUUCAGCCCUGUGGACCGUGAGAGACCCUGCUUCCUGCUCACCUCCGGAGGAGAACGAGCCAAUCACACUGGGGGGAGAGUCAGGAAGGGUUAUGAAAAGCCAUGGAGCCAUAGCAGCAUGUCUGGAGGCGUGGCCUCAGUGUCGGCCCUGCCCUGCAGCCCACCCUGUCUCAUGCAGCAGGUCCACUCUCCCAUCCCAUCCAUCUUGUAGCAUGGACAA